AUGAAUGAUAUCUUCAACUCGUUUCAUUUGAGUCCAAAAGAUGACUCGAGCAGUCCUGCUUCAGUGAUGCAACAACAACAACAACAAGGAUCUCCAACAAUAACAUCACUUCAUACUUGUAGUCCAAUCGGAAGUAAGAGCAGCGGAAGCACCAAGGCAUCACAACUUAAGAGUUAUUUUUCAAGCAGCAAUCAUGGGGCUGCCUCUACUGACAUUAGUCCAUAUUCAUCCAAUGACGGAACAGAGAAUGACCAUCCUCUUCAAAACACAGAUCAACUGGCAUCAUUUCUGGAAGAUGAUAGCAAUUUAGAUCCCACUGUACAAAAAACAAAGGCUGAUAUUUCCACUUUGGAUGAAUCCUUAUUCUCCUUUAUUAGCAAUCCAGAAAACUUUUCUGAACCCAAACCUCAAGAACACUCUCUAAUGUAUACAGUAGAACCUUCUCCUAUAGUGCAGCCUUCCUCACGACAUUCCUCUCAUAAAAACUCUGUACAAAACGAUACGGAUAUGCUUCAGAGUUUUAUCACUACGUGCGAAAGUUUGACUCAGUAUUUGGAUGGAGAUUCAUUAGGAAGCAUUGAGGACUUUUUUGUUGGAUCUUGCUAUGAUAUUUCAAAGUUGGACGUGGAGGAAAUGGUCAAGAUAUUCCAAGAUACAUAUGGAACGAGCAAUCUUGAGUCGAAAAGAAGAUUUUCGAACAUGGUUUGCACAAAAAUAAUGCCACUAGUGGAUGAGGUUGUUCAAAACAACGAGCAGUUCAUAGAGGAAACCAUUAAGAAAGAGAUCCAAAAAGACACAGGCGGAAACAACCAAAAAUUAUUGCAUCUUCUGAUGAUAUUUGCUGCCCUUCAGAGUAAAUCUAUUAAAGCACAUAAGAAGCAAAUAGAAAUGAUUAAGAAUGACGAAGUUGCAACAACAGCCAAGGCCCUAGCAGAUCAUGCAAAGAAGAUCAAAGAGUUUGUUUGUACAAUCCAAACAAAGGAUCAAAUAAUAGAAAAAAUUUCAAAAGACAAUGAAAAUCUGUUGGCCGAAUUGAAUGCUGGUUGUCAAGAAAUUGAAACCCUUGGAAGAAAGGUGAAGAAUCUAAAAAAUUACAACAAAGAUUUUGAACAAAAUCUGGAGCAGAAACAACAAGAAAUUGAAACCGUGAGGCGGGAUAUGUUUGCCUUAAAAUCAGAGUUGCUAGAACGCGUUGAAAGGAUGUCUCUUCAACAUCAAAGUGAGAUUAAACAGAUGAGCAUGAUGAUAUCUUUAGAAAGCAAAAAUGCAGAUAAUGCUGCGGUUGAGGAAUAUAAAAAAGAGGUGAAGCGGCUUGAGCUCAUGCUGUUAAAGAAAGAAAAACAGAUUGAAAGUCAGAUCGAAAGAGAAAUAGAACUAAAGAACACAAUGCGAGAAAUGCAUGAGCGCUACACGGAAGCAGUUUCAAAGGUGAAUGAAAUUUCGAAACCAAGAGAAGUACCUCUUCAAGAUCAACAUGUCUCGUCUCUCAAUUUAACAACAGAGCUUUCUGAAGCCUUGAAAGAGAUGCGAGGCAUUAAAGAUCAUUUUUCUUCGCUUUUGGAGAAGGCCGUGGCUGUACAACAAAGCACAGUUGACUCACAAUCCAUCGUUACUAAGAAAGAGCUUGAUGAGUUACGAAGAAAACUUGAGAUGUAUCAAAUAGAGCUUUCUUUGGAUCCAGAUGGAAGCAAGGAAGAAAUGAAAGAGCUCAAAUCAAGCUUGGAAAGAGUGAAGGCACAAAAGGAUAUGCUUUGUGAGGAAAUUAAGAAUUUAAACCAAGAGUUAGCAACUCUUAGAGUUAUUUCACAAGAGAGAUCGUUUGAAAAGCAAAGAUAUGAAACAAAAAUUGCAGAACUUGUCGAAAAUCAGAAAGCACGAGAAGAAAAAUACAAAAAAUUGAAGAAGCAAUUAUUCAAAAUGAAGAAUAAGGAAUACCAUUUUGUGAAAGAACAGUCGUCUCUUGAGCUUAAAGCUGCAAAGCUUGUCGAUCACAAUCAAGAGCUGCUGUUAAGGGUGAAGUCUCUCGAGCAACAAAACCUAUUGACCGAGAACAAGAGAAUUCGCUUGUCUGUGGACUUGGCUGGCGCGACUGGGGAACAUGAGCUCUUACUGCAACAAAAUAAGACAAUAUCUAAAUUGCCACUGAAAGAUGCAAAAACAGACCAACCUAGUAUAGAUGGACAGAGGAUUCGAGAACUGGAACAGCUAGUUCAGAGACUGAAGGAAGAAAAUGAUUUGCUUAAAAAGCCAGGAUCAAUACAGAACUCUUCUCCAAAAAGAAUCAUCUCUGAAUCCAUCACGGAGAAGACACCAAUCGAAAAGUCAGAUAUUCCAACGAUUUCUGUAGAGAAGACUGAAAAGGAAGAUGACAGAAAGGAAGAAGUGUCAUACCGAGUGAUUCCAAUCGUCAAAAGAAAGCCUCUUCAACCAAGCCAGUUGAACAACGUUCCUCCAUCCGCCAAUAACGGAGUCAAGAUUACGAAAAAAGUGCCAACUAUUGCAGAAGGAAAGGAAAACAAUGUUGUCUCAUCAUUGAGAUAG